AUGGCCUCGUCGAAAUGGGACAAGUGGAGAAACGAUCAUCUCGAACAUCGAUUGUUGGGGGCUGAUCGAGAUCAUUCAGUGUACGUGUCUGAUUGGGGAAAUGAUCGUGUGAUGAAAUGGGUGGAAGGUGCAAAACAAGGCAUUGUCGUGGCUGGUGGUCAAGGAGGAGGAAAUGGUCUUACAGAAUUGUCAUAUCCUAAAGGAGUCGUUGUCGAUCAAUUGGGCACUGUCUAUGUGGCUGAUUGGGGGAAUGCUCGAAUCAUGCGUUGGUCCAAAGGAACCACACAGGGAAGUGUCAUUGUUGGUGGAAACGGUGAAGGAGGACAAUCAGACCAACUCAAUUGGCCCUUCACUUUGUCAUUCGAUCGACACGGCAAUCUCUAUGUCGGCGAUAACGGAAAUCAUCGAGUACAAAAGUUCGACCUGGAAUGCAAUAAAUGA